AUGCCAGAAAAGUGUUCUCAUACCUUUGUCUUUCGCCUUUACUUUGGAUUAUCGACCGGAUCGGCGGGGCGCACGACGACCACCACGGAAGAGGCGAAAAGAACGCACACGAUCCGAUGGAUCGCGAGAGUCAAGAACGCGCGUGCGGCUCCGAGAUUGGCUUUGGAACCGAACGCUGCCGCCAUCGCCACGCUUCUCGUGCUGUUCCGUCUGUCGUCGUCUUGUGCCGUCGUUGAUUUACGGCGAUCGACCGUUUUCGUACUCAUUUGUCGUUAUUCUAAACGGCCUUAUUGA